AUGCUUCGACGUUACGCUCUGGGAUUUUCGGCUGUGGGACGACAGUUCUCCAACAUGAGUUCAACCACUCCCCUUGAAGAUGCCAUUCGCGCCAAGAUCACGGCGGCGUUCAACCCCCAAACUCUGGAGAUCUACAACGACUCCCACCUGCAUGCCCACCACAAGGCUAUGCAAGGCAGCACGUCCAAGGAGACGCACUUCAGGCUGGUCAUCACUUCGGAUGCUUUCGCCUCCAAGAUGCAGCCCGCCAGGCAUCGCAUGGUCUACGCCCUCUUGCGAGACGAGAUGGCCCUCGAGGGUGGUAUCCACGCCCUCCAGCUCAGGACCCUGACCCCCGAGGAGGAGGAGCGCCAGAAGAAGAAGAAGGAGGAGGAGGCUGCCAAAGCCGCCGCUGAAGCCGACCCUGCACCCGCAGAGUAG